UAUAUAUUUAUUAUUUUUAUAGGUAUAUAAAACAUUGUUUUGAGUUACUAUUUAAUUAACAGAUUACUUAAUAAGUUAGUAAUCAGAAUUUUGGAUUUCUAGACUUAAGAGUCGAGAAUUAGUCAGCAAAUUAUGUUUUGUAAUUGAAUAAUUAUUAAUCAUUAACAAUUUGUUACGAUACCCCGGGCCUAAACCUAAACACUGAAGAUACUAUAGUGUUUUUAAAYUAAACAUUUUAAUAAACUCCAAAYCAUGGUAAUAAGGUAAAAACAUAUGUCCAGUGAUUUUCCUAUUGAUACAAAUCUAUCAUUUGAAAAUGUGCAGUCAGUUAAAAAUGAUAGAAGCCUCAGAGGAUUGUUUUUAGUGGGAUUAACUGGUGGUAUUUCCAUUGCAUUGAGCAUAAUUUGUUAUCCGUUCAUAUCUCCAGCUUUACGGAAAGUAUGUUUACCAUAUGUUCCUGCAACCAACUUACAAAUCCAAAAUGUUCUGAAUGUAAUCAAAGGACGGAAAGGAAAAUUAGUAGACUUGGGCAGUGGCGAUGGAAGAAUAGUUAUGAAUACAGCGAAAGCAGGAUUUGAAUCAGUUGGUAUAGAGUUGAACUUUUGGUUAGUGAUGUAUUCACGUUUGGUCGCCAUGAAAUCUAAAAUUCAGCCUUCUCCAAAAUUUAUUCGUACAGAUUUGUGGAAAUAUAACUUAGGACCGUUCACAAAUAUUGUCAUAUUUGGUGUUGAAGAAAUGAUGUUGGAUCUAGAAAAAAAGUUCUCCGCGGAAUUGUCUGAGGGAACAGUAAUAGUUGCUUGUCGCUUUCCUCUCCCAAAUUUAGAACCGUAUUUAGUCGUUGGAACAGGAAUUGACAGAGUUUGGGCUUAUAGAAUAUCUAAGACCAAAACAUAAUACAUCAAAACAUGUUUUUAUAGGUAAUCGUGUUAUUUAUGUGAUUUAUUUUAGUGUAAAAAUGUAUAUAAAUAUAUUAUG